AUGUCCAUUUCGACGGCGCAGUUUUCUGCCAAUCGUCGCACGUGGUGGGUCGGCGUCCUGAGCGUCCUGGGCGUCCUGACGCCGCCGGCCGUUCGAGCUCAGGGUGCGGAAUGUCCGCCCCCGGAAGCCAUCCCGGGAUGUCCCUGUUACAAUUUCGAGGACGGCCUGUUCCUGGAGUGCGCUGGCGCGACCGAUGCGACCCUCAGGACCACGCUCCUGGGAGUCCUGAGUGCCGGAGGUUCAGGAACGGUGGUUCAGUCGUUGAGCGUGUACGAGCUGGACAAGGGAAUAGAGGAACUGAAGGCCGAGGCCUUCCCGGUGGGAAGUCAAAUUCGACACCUGCAGGUGUCCCACUCGUCCCUGAAGGAGGUGAGCGAGGACGCCUUCGUUAACCUGAAGGAGAGCCUGGAAUCGCUGGCGCUGGUCUCGGGUCGGCUGACGCAGGUGCCCCAGAAGUCGCUGGCCGACCUGCACAAGCUGGCCGCCCUCGACCUGGAAGCGAACCUGAUCCAGGACCUCUCCUCGUACUGCUUCUACGGGCUCAAAUUGAUCAAGCUGAGCCUGAAGGGAAACCAGAUAUCCAAGAUCUCGGAGUACGCGUUCGCCGGCCUCGAAGAUAGUCUGAGCGACCUCGACCUGGCCGAGAACAAGCUGAAGAACUUCCCAAUGGCGCCUCUGAGGAGGCUGGAAAGUUUGGCGUCGCUCAGGCUAGCUUGGAACGAGAUAUCGAUGCUGCCCAACGACGGCUACUCCGUCCUGGGAUCGUUGCUGAUCCUGGACCUGAGCAGCAACAACUUCGACCAGCUCACGGAGGACUGCUUCAGGCCUUGCCCCAUUCUGCACACCCUUUCUCUCUACUACAACGCCAUCGAAACCGUGCACAAGGACUCGUUCGUCUCUUUGAAGGACCUCGAGUCGAUCGAUCUCAGCCACAACAAGAUCGUCUUCCUGGACGUGGCGACUUUCCGGGGCAACGAGCGACUGAGGACGAUAGAGCUCAGCCACAACCACAUCCACUACAUAGGCGGGGUGUUCGCGAGGCUGCCCGAAUUGCGAGAACUCUACCUAGCCGAGAACAACAUCCUGGAGAUCCCAGGAGACGCGUUCACCGGCAGCGUCAGCUUGGCCGUAAUAUACCUGCAACAAAACGCGAUCAGGAGGAUAGAUGCCAGGGGCCUGACCACCCUGACCCAAUUAACCCAAUUACAUUUGAGCAUGAACUACAUCGAGAGAGUUCCCAAGGAGUUCCUGGAACACUGCGAGGCGCUCUCGUCGUUAUCCCUCGAUGGCAAUAAGAUCAAGGAACUGCAGCCAGGAACUUUUGACCGGCUUCAUCAGCUGAGAGAGCUGCGCCUGCAGGACAACCGCAUCGCCGCCGUCAGGAGGGGAGUCUUUUCUCCCCUUCAGGCGCUGCUGGAGUUGCACUUGCAAAAUAACGCCAUCGCCGAUAUGGAGACCGGGGCUUUGCGGACCCUGAACAGUCUGCAGCACGUCAAUCUUCAGGGGAACCUGCUAUCGGUGCUCGGCGACGUCUUCCAGCUCUCCGCUCCGGAGGCGUCGUCUUCGUCGCCGUCCGCUUCCGGAGGAAGCUCCCUGGUCUCCAUUCAGCUCGACAGCAACGGAUUGGAGGUGCUGCACAACGACUCCCUGAGAGGACAGGCGUCCGUCAGGAUCAUGUGGCUGGGGCACAACAAACUGACCCAUCUGCAGGCCCCGCUCUUCAGGGACCUCCUCCUGGUGGAACGCCUCUACUUGACGAACAACUCCAUCUCCCGGAUAGAGGACGCCGCCUUCCAGUCCAUGCAAGCCCUCAAGUUCCUGGAGCUGAGCAUGAACAAGUUGGGCCACGUCACGGGGAGAACCUUCUCCGAUCUGAACGAACUGGAAGAGCUCCAUCUUCGGGAUAAUGGACUUCGGAGGCUGGAUCCGUACGCGUUCACGGCCCUGAAGAAGCUGCGCGUCCUGGAUCUGGCGAACAACCUGCUGACCGUCAUUCGGGAUACGAUGUUCAAGGAAGACCUGCCGAUCAGGACCCUGAACCUGAAGAACUGCUCCAUCUCCAGCGUGGAACCUAGCGCCUUCGAUGGCCUCGGUGGUCUUCUGGACCUCAACCUGGAGGACAACUUUUUGAACGCAUCGGCUUUAGGCCAUUUUCGAGUGUCCGGUCUUCGCAUCCUCGCGGCAUCCGGGAACAACUUCAGCCAGGUGGACCGACGCAGCCUGAAUGGAUUGCCGUCUCUUCAGGAACUCUCCCUGGUGAACGCCAGGAUCCUUCAGCUGCCGGAAACCGUGUUCGCCCUGAACAGGAACCUAGCGCGCCUCCACCUGAGCGACAACCUGUUAAGUUCCCUGCCACAAGGAAUCUUUGAGGGGCUGAUGUCUCUCCGGGAGAUUCGGCUCGAUCGGAACAGAUUUACCGGUCUACCGUAUCCAGCGUUAUCCGGGGCGUCGAAUUUGGAGAUCUUGUCCUUAGCUGGCAAUGCGAUCGUCACCGUGGAUGCCGCCAGUCUGGGAAGUCUGAGAUAUCUGCGCGAACUGGACCUGGCCCACAACAAGAUCGAGACCAUGUCGGGCUUCGCGACUGCGAAUUUAUCCAGGCUCCUCUCGGUGGACCUCAGUCACAACCACCUGAGCGCUUUGCCUGCCAACUUCUUCGCCCAUUCCUCGAUGCUGCGCCGAGUCGACCUGUCCGAAAACAAAUUCCGCCAGAUACCUGCAGUGGCAUUGUCAGGGCAGAACCUGCCGGGCCUGGCUUGGCUGAACCUGACUCGGAACCCGCUGCAUCGAAUCCAUGACCUACCUUCCGAGGCGAUGUACCCCAUCCUGCAAGAGGUCCAUAUAUCAGGAACGAACUUGAGCAUCGUCACGUCGCAGGAUUUCGAGGCAUUCCCGGCACUUUUGCACCUGUACCUGGGCCAGAACUGUAUACUGAGAGUCUCUCCGGGAGCAUUCCGUAGCUUACCGAACUUACUUACCCUCCACCUGGGCAUGAAUAGUCUGGAAAUUCUGCCGAAGGAGAGGCUCCAGGGGAUGGAGCACCUCCGCGUAUUGAACCUUACGCACAACCGACUGAAGGAACUCGAGGAGUUCCCCGCGGACCUCAAGUCGUUGCAGAUCCUCGACCUGUCCUACAACCAAAUAGGCAUUGUCGGCAAAGUCACUUUUAAGAAUCUAAUCAGCUUGGUGGAGCUCCACCUCUACGGGAACUGGAUCAACGCCAUAUCCAGCGAAGCGUUCAAGCCUUUGAAGAAACUCCGGCUGUUGGACCUCAGCAGGAACUACUUGGAGAAUUUGCCCCUCAAUGCAUUCAGACCGCUGGAGACGCAAAUACGGAGUCUGAGGGCCGAGGAAAACCCUCUGCAUUGCGGCUGCGAGUCCCAGGAACUGUGGGAGUGGCUGCGGGAUCAUCAGAAGCUGGUCGGCGGGGUUGGCCGAGGUGUCGGGGUCGGAGAAGUCCAGGGUGGACUUCUGAGGUGCGAGCAGCCCCCCGAGCUCCGAGGACUGGUCUUCCUCGACCUGGAUCCCCACGCUUUCUGCUCCGCUCCUUUGGUACUUAAACUAGCCAUUCAGGACAUUCAACCCUUCUCCGUCCUCGUGUCCUGGCAGAGCAGGAACCACUCCGGGCUGCACGGGUACCAAGUGGCCUACCACGCCCUGGACAACGUCGACGAGGUCCGAGGGAAGCUGCUGGAUCCGAAGGCGAGGUCUCUGAAGCUGACGAAGCUGGUCCCGGGAACACGAUAUCUGAUCUGCGUGCUGGGCCUGGGGAACUGGGGCACUCCCAUCCCCGAUGACGUCAACGGCUGGCAGUGGAACGCCUCGCACGACGACGUGAUCGAGGGCUCCGCCUUGCCGGUAAUGGUUAACUCCCCCAUGAGCAGAUGCACCGAGGUGACGACCCUGGACUCGCCGGACUCGGUGGACAGCGACGGCGCCAUCGGCGACAGGGGCGGCUUGGCGAGCAUCCUGACCAGGAGGCUGGGCCUCAUCGUGGGCAGCUGCAUGGGCUUCGUCGUCUUCGUCGUCCUGAUCUCGGUCCUGGGCUACAUGAAGAUGAAGAAGCAGAGGGCGGCCGUCAAGCGAGAGCAACCUCUGGCCCCGAACCCUCCGGAGUACAUGUCCUACAGGCACUUCUCCUUGCAGAGCGGAGACCGUCCCGACAACACCUGUCCCAGCUUCAUCGGCAACAUCGGCCCCAUAGGUACCACCACCUUGAACUCGUAGCAUAAGCUCCAACGGGGCAAGGCAUCCCGUUCGGAAAGCGAACACGACGUGGAAAUGAGAAGCGUAUCCACGUGCACGGGCAUCUUCGGAUAAAGCCGUUCCUCGACGGACCGGACAGAGAUUACGACGCGAUCGUCCGGACCUGCAGUGUCACCGAGAGGGGACGUCGCGAUAGGGACGCUGCCGAGAUAUGCAGGGACCUCGGAACGAAUCGAGCCGAAGAGAUACGACGUACCUAGACACCUGGUCCCCGUUCCCCGCUGACGUCUCCCCGAGGAAGGACGAAAAAUCGCGAUCGCACGUAACGAGGUGCAACGAACGAUAAUCGUAACGCAAGGAUCUGGACCUGGACCAAGGGCGUCUGCAUCCAUAUUCCUGCGGUCACUGUUUCCCAGGAAGGGAUCCUUGGAAUCGAGCGCAAGUAAGAGGGAAUACGUAAGCAUUGUCAUUUCCUUUUGACGAAUAAACGCGAAGAUAAUGUUAUCUGGACAGCGACUUCUGUGACGAAUUGUGUACCGAACAACGAUCCCCAAGACCUCCUGACUUUGCACACAUCGAAGAAGUGGACGAUGCAUCGACUGGCGGUGCAUCCGGAGAAAUUAAACAGGUAUAUACCUCGAAGAGAGUACGAGAUUAGCGAGUUAUCGCAGUCGAGACACGUAGGGUCCGGAAGCUGACUUAGUAGGCCUAUCUCGGUAGAAUUUCUCUAGGUGUAGCGAACCACGCGCGCGUCUCGCUCGAAGACUGAUUUUUUAAUCGUUUUUGGUAGAACAUUGAGGUCGGUGUAAUAUAGACAGUACUCUGUAAAUACCUCCGAAUGUUAGUGGGUAAAAAGUAAGCGCGUUCACGCGCCGCGAAGCAAUAUUACUCUGGUGUAUAGAUAGAGAAUCCUGUAUCGCACCUUGUUUCGUUUGGCGAGCCCUUUUCUAAAG